AUGGACCGAGGAUCUGAGACCGGCUAUCGAUCCGUGGCCUACUUCGUCAACUGGGCCAUCUAUGCUCGGAAGCAUCGUCCCCAGGACCUUCCCGUGGAGAAUCUGACUCAUAUUCUCUACGCGUUCGCCAAUGUCCGUAGCGACACCGGCGAGGUGCAUCUGACCGACACUUGGGCCGACACAGACAUCCACUGGGAAGGCGACUCGUGGAACGACAAUGGCACUAACCUCUACGGUUGUCUCAAGCAGCUCAACCUCCUCAAGAAGCGCAACCGCAACCUCAAGGGCCGCGAUACCUUUGCCAAAAGCAGCCUCGAGCUGCUCAAGAACCUUGGCUUCGACGGCAUAGACAUUGACUGGGAAUACCCUCAGGACCCAGCGGAAGCAGAUCAUCUGGUGCAGCUUCUUGCUACCGUCCGCAGCGAGCUAGAUGCUUAUGCGUACAAGCUGGGAAACUGCCGACGCUUCGAGUUGACGGUGGCCUGCCCGGCUGGAGCCCAAAACUACCAAAAGAUGAACAUUAGUGCCAUGGACAAGUUGCUGGACUUCUGGAACCUGAUGGCCUACGACUAUGCGGGCUCUUGGGAUUCCCUUAGCGGCCACCAGGCAAACCUGUUCCCGAGCUGCGACAAUCCCCCCUGUACACCCUUCUCGAGUGCUGCAGCCGUCGACUAUUACGUCAGCCAAGGUGUCGUGCCCUCCAAGAUUGUCCUCGGGAUGCCUCUGUACGGGCGUGCAUUUGAGAAUACGGACGGUCCCGGCAAACCUUACCAGGGAGUCGGCGAUGGUACGUGGGAGCGCGGUGUGUACGACUACAAGAAGCUGCCACUCGAGGGCGCCGAUGUAUGCUACGACGGCAAUAUCGGCGCGGCCUUUUGCUAUGACCAACGCCAGCGGCGAUUCGUGAGCUACGACACGCCACAGUUGACCACGGCCAAGGCCGACUUUGUCAAGCAGAGGGGCCUCGGCGGCGCCAUGUGGUGGGAGAGCAGCGCCGACAAGGCCGGUUCGGAGAGCCUGAUCGGGACGGCUGUCGCGAGUCUCGGAGGCUCGCAGAUGCUGUUGAGGCAGGAGAAUCACAUCGAGUACCCGGACACCAAGUAUGACAAUCUCCGAAACGGCUUCCCGGGUCAGUGA